AUGACCACCAAGCAACUGGGUGAAGCUGAUGCCUCAGCCAUCAUUGAGCCAUGUAUUCUACAUGACGUCUUCCCUACCAAUAACAUCACAGAUACACAGCACAACCAAAGCAGCACUAUCACUGUGGUUGGGGUGUUUCCUUCUAGUUGCCUCCCACAUCGUGAUGGUGCCGUUAUUGCUGCUGAGAUAAUAAAUGAAGGCAACCAUGGCAAAGGAGCAAAGAUUGGGUAUAAUGGUGACCAUUAUCUUCAGUUCCGGCUGGUUGUAGCCAUUUCUGGUAACUCACAACAGCUGUCACCCGAUGUCUAUGCCACAACUCAUGAGGACCUUCUCGAGUCAAUGGUUGUGUCACUGAAGCCUCAGUAUAUUCUGGGAUCUUGCUCUUUUGUUGCCAAACACGACGACAAGAGGAUCGCUGGCAAGCGCCAAACAAUGGUAUUGAGCCAGGUGGGGCCUGACAUUUUCUACACCCAAGAUUCCAAUGACUAUGUCUUUGGUGUACACGUCCGAAGUGAAACUUAUGGGCUACCAGCAUUUCAAGCACUAAAGUUUAGUGUGGAGGACAGGACCAAGCAGAAGAUUUGA